AUGACCUCUGGCCAGCAAUUUGUAAACAUGCCCCCCUCGUCACAGGCUCCCGUGGCGCCAGACACAACCACCCCCUUCACGAUUGAAGAUUACUCUAAGGGUGGGAGCGGGGAGAAUGGAGCGGUUAUUAACAUCCUUGGGAAUGCGGGCGAUAACUGGGCUAUUAUCACCAUUGCCUCGACUACCUCAACCGACAGCAAUCAGGGGGGCAAGUUACAGGUCACGCUGUGGGUGCGAAAACACCAAUUAGCCCGUGUGUCUCCAACGCUGCCAGAUGAUCCCUGA